AUGAAGAAAGGCAUCUACGCAAAGUUUGAAGAAGGUCUCAAAGGCGGCAUCCCCUUGGAGUUCGGCGGCGAGAACCCCUGGACCGUUGGCUACGUGUUUCACAACAACCCUGAUAAAGUCUUCAAGGAGUUCUUUGGUGGAGACAACCCCUUUGCGGAGUUCUUCGCCGAGGACGGCUCAGAGUUGAUCCUGCCCUUCGGAGGGCUGCGGGGACGAGGAGCGAAGAAGCAGGACCCCCCAGUUGUGCGGGAUCUCUACCUCUCCCUGGAAGACCUGUUCUAUGGCUGCACCAAGAAGAUUAAGAUCUCCCGCAGGGUGAUGAACGAAGACGGUCAAACAAGCUCCAUCAGGGAUAAGAUCCUCACGAUCGAUGUGCAGCCGGGGUGGAAGCAGGGCACCAGGAUCACCUUCGAGAAGGAAGGAGACCAGGGCCCAAACAUCAUUCCAGCUGACAUCACCUUCGUUGUCCAAGAGAAACUCCACCCAAGGUUUAAAAGAACCGGCAACGACCUCGCUUAUGUCGCCACCAUCCCCUUGGGAAAGGCGCUGGUGGGCUGCACGGUGGCGGUGAGGACGCUGGACGGGAGGCUGCUCAACAUCCCCAUCAACGACAUUGUUGA